AUGCCGUUUGGAAGCUACUUGCGAUCAACAAAUGGUCCGACGCCAUUCACUUCAACCUGUGACACAUUCUCAUUUCAACUUGACAUGCCGAAGGGAGUCAGAGAGAUCGAGUUCGCCGUCCGCUAUCGGUGGGGCCAGCUGGAAACUAGGCUGUUCGUAGACGAGACGGAUAGAUGUAGCGAAUCCGAAUCAGACGAUUUUGCCUCGAGCCACGAAGCCUGGGACAACAAUUCUGGUCAAAACUACCGACUGACUGGACGAUCACAUCGUCAGACAGAAUCGAUAUUUAGGCUUCCCCAGGCCCUGGUAUACGGGAUUCGAGUGUGA